CGGGAUCCCGUCCCCGGGCGGUAGGCAGAGAGUUCUCGCGCGAGCUGCCUGCUGGGCUGAGGCUGGGGCUGGUAUUAAGAUGGCGGCGGCGGGACACGGCUGGGCCUGGCACUGACCCCGCGCCCGGAGCAGGCCCUCAGUUAGUCUGGUCAAAGUGGAUUAGAGCGACCGCGAAAACUGGAAGGUGUUUCCCUUGGCCGGCUGGGGCAAAGCGUGGGUGCUGGAUUAGUGAUUCGGACAGCAGACCGGACUGAGCAUGGACUGGCUGUGAUUCCAGGAUCAGAAAGUGGAAAAGAAUAAAAAAUGAAAGUGGACCGAACGAAACUGAAGAAAACCCCAACUGAGGCUCCUGCCGACUGCAGGGCCUUGAUUGACAAGCUCAAAGUCUGCAACGAUGAGCAGCUGCUGCUGGAACUGCAACAGAUCAAGACAUGGAACAUCGGGAAGUGCGAGCUGUACCACUGGGUGGAUCUCCUCGACCGCUUUGACGGCAUCCUGGCCGAUGCCGGGCAGACGGUGGAGAACAUGCUAUGGAUGCUGGUGUGCGACCGGCCGGAGAGGGAGCAGCUCAAGGCCCUGCUGCUGGCUGUACUCAACUUCACCGCCCUGCUCAUAGAGUACAGCUUCUCCCGGCAUCUCUACAGCUCCAUUGAGCACCUGACCACGCUGCUGGCCUCCUCGGACAUGCAGGUGGUGCUGGCCGUGCUGAACCUGCUCUACGUCUUCAGCAAACGCUCCAACUACAUCACGCGCCUGGGCUCCGACAAGCGGGCGCCCCUGCUGUCCCGGCUGCAGCACCUGGCUGAGAGCUGGGGCGGCAAGGAAAACGGCUUUGGACUGGCUGGGUGUUGUAGAGACUUACUCAUGGUGAAAUACCCACCCAGUGCCACCACGCUGCACUUUGAGUUCUAUGCAGAUCUGGGCACCGAGGUCAAAGUGGAUAAAAGGACGACCAGCAACACACUGCAUUACAUCCACAUAGAACAGCUGGACAAGAUUUCAGAAAGCCCCUCUGAGAUCAUGGAAUCCCUCACCAAGAUGUACAGCAUCCCCAAGGACAAGCAGAUGCUGCUGUUCACACACAUCCGCCUGGCGCACGGCUUCUCCAACCACAGAAAGCGGCUGCAGGCUGUCCAGGCCCGGCUGCACGCCAUCUCCAUCCUAGUGUACUCCAACGCCCUGCAGGAGUCGGCCAGCAGCAUCCUGUACAACGGCCUGAUAGAGGAGCUGGUGGACGUGCUGCAGAUAACGGACAAACAGCUCAUGGACAUUAAGGCGGCCUCCCUGAGAACCCUCACUUCCAUUGUCCACUUGGAGAGGACCCCGAAACUCAGCAGUAUCAUCGACUGCACGGGAACCGCCUCCUACCACGGCUUCCUGCCGGUCCUGGUGCGCAACUGUAUCCAGGCCAUGAUCGACCCAACCAUGGAGCCGUACCCUCAUCAGUUCGCCACAGCCCUCUUCUCUUUCCUCUACCACCUGGCCAGUUACGAUGCCGGUGGGGAAGCGCUGGUCUCCUGCGGCAUGAUGGAGGCCUUACUGAAGGUGAUCAAGUUCCUGGGGGACGAACAGGACCAGAUCACAUUCGUGACCCGGGCGGUCCGCGUGGUGGAUCUCAUUACCAACCUGGAUAUGGCGGCCUUCCAGUCCCACAGCGGCCUCUCCAUCUUCAUCUACCGGCUAGAGCACGAGGUGGACCUAUGCCGCCGGGAGUGCCCCUUCGUCAUAAAGCCAAAGAUCCAGAGACCACCCACUGCCCCUCUCCAGGAAGGGGAAGAGAUGGAGACGGACAUGGAAGUGUCAGACGUGGCCAUGGAGAGCAGCCCGGGCCCCUCCACCUCAGCGGAGCCCCGGCCGGAAGCGGUGGUGGUGGUAGCAGAAGCGAGGACGCUGAGCGCCGUUGCCCCCAGCUGCAGCAUCAGCGGUGUGACCAGUGCUGUCGUCUCCCCCCGCAGCGGCGUGCAGUGUAUCCCACAGCGAGCCGCCCUCCUCAAAUCCAUGCUUAACUUCCUCAAGAAGGCCAUCCAGGACCCUGCCUUCUCGGACGGCAUUCGCCACGUGAUGGAUGGCUCCUUGCCUACCUCCCUGAAGCAUGUCAUCAGCAACGCAGAGUACUACGGCCCGUCUCUCUUCCUGCUCGCCACCGAGGUGGUGACGGUCUUCGUGUUCCAGGAGCCCUCGCUGCUCUCCUCCCUGCAGGACAACGGGCUGACAGAUGUCAUGCUGCACGCCCUCCUCAUCAAAGACGUCCCAGCCACACGGGAAGUCCUGGGCUCCCUCCCCAACGUGUUCAGUGCCCUGUGUCUGAACGCCCGCGGCCUCCAGUCCUUCGUGCAGUGCCAGCCCUUCGAGCGGCUCUUCAAGGUGCUGCUGUCCCCGGAUUACCUGCCCGCCAUGCGGCGCCGGCGCAGCUCCGACCCGCUAGGGGACACUGCCUCUAACCUGGGCAGCGCCGUGGACGAGCUCAUGAGGCACCAGCCCACGCUGAAGACGGACGCCACCACCGCCAUCAUCAAGCUGCUGGAGGAGAUCUGCAACCUGGGCCGGGACCCCAAGUACAUCUGCCAGAAGCCCUCCAUCCAGAAGGCCGACGGCACAGCCACGGCCCCACCGCCCCGCUCCACCCACGCGGCCGAGGAGGCCUCCAGCGAAGAUGAGGAGGAGGAGGAGGUGCAGGCCAUGCAGAGCUUCAAUGCCACCCAGCAGAGCGAGGCGGAGCCCAGCCAGCAGGUGGUUGGAAUGGAGGAGCGAAUCCCCAUCCCCCUCAUGGACUAUAUCCUCAAUGUGAUGAAGUUCGUGGAGUCCAUUCUCAGCAACAACACUACGGACGACCACUGUCAGGAGUUUGUCAGCCAGAAGGGGCUGCUGCCCCUGGUCACUAUCCUGGGCCUGCCCAACCUGCCCAUCGACUUCCCCACCUCGGCUGCCUGCCAGGCCGUGGCCGGCGUCUGCAAAUCCAUCUUGACGCUCUCCCACGAGCCCAAGGUUCUCCAGGAAGGGCUGCUGCAGCUCGACUUGAUCCUCUCUUCCCUGGAGCCCCUGCACCGGCCCAUUGAGGCGCCAGGCGGCUCGGUGCUGCUGCGGGAGCUGGCCUGUGCGGGCAACGUAGCAGACGCCACCCUGUCGGCACAGGCCACGCCACUGCUCCACGCGCUGACGGCCGCCCAUGCCUACAUCAUGAUGUUCGUCCACACUUGCCGGGUGGGCCAGAGCGAGAUCCGGGCCAUCUCGGUGAACCAGUGGGGCUCCCACCUGGGCCUGAGCGUUCUCAGCAAGCUGAGCCAGCUGUACUGUUCCCUGGUGUGGGAGAGCACCGUGCUGCUGUCCCUCUGCACCCCCAACAGCUUGCCGACAGGCUGUGAGUUUGGCCAGGCCGACAUGCAGAAGCUGGUGCCCAAGGAGGAGAAGACGGCACCCAACGCCCCCCAGGGAGCCAAGAAAGCAGAAGGUGAAGUGGAGGCAGUUGCGGGAGGAAGCAUGGAGCCCUCGGCCCAGGGCCUGCUGGAGGGGAUUGGCCUGGAUGGAGACGCGCUGGCCCCCAUGGAGACGGACGAGCCCAGCACCACCGAUGCCAAGGGCAAAGCCAAGAUCACGCCAGCUAUGGCAGCCAGGAUCAAGCAGAUCAAACCCCUCCUGUCAGCCUCAUCCCGGCUGGGCCGCGCUUUGGCCGAGCUGUUUGGGCUGCUGGUGAAGCUGUGUGUGGGCUCCCCGGUGCGCCAGAGACGGAGCCACCACGCUGCCAGCACCACCACCGCCCCCACGCCGGCUGCCCGCUCCACUGCCUCGGCCCUCACCAAGCUGCUGACCAAGGGGCUCUCCUGGCAGCCCCCGCCCUACACCCCCACACCCCGCUUCCGGCUGACGUUCUUCAUCUGCUCCGUGGGGUUCACGUCGCCCAUGCUGUUCGACGAGCGCAAGUACCCCUACCACCUCAUGCUGCAGAAAUUCCUCUGCUCUGGCGGCCACAAUGCCCUCUUUGAGACCUUCAACUGGGCCCUCUCCAUGGGGGGCAAGGUCCCCGUGGCUGAGGGGCUGGAGCACCCGGACCUGCCGGACGGGACGGGGGAGUUCCUGGACGCCUGGCUCAUGCUGGUGGAGAAGAUGGUGAACCCCAGCACGGUGCUGGAGUCACCCCAUGCUCUGCCCACCAAGCUGCCGGGCGGGCAGAACUACCCACAGUUCAGUGCCCUGCGCUUCCUGGUGGUGACUCAGAAGGCAGCCUUCACCUGCAUCAAGAACCUAUGGAACCGCAAGCCCCUGAAAGUGUACGGGGGGCGCAUGGCAGAGUCCAUGCUAGCCAUCCUUUGCCACAUUCUGCGGGGCGAGCCCCUCAUCCGCGAGCGCCUGGGAAAGGAGAAGGAGGGGGCGCGUGGUGAGGAGGAGGCAGGGCAGGAGGAGGGUGGAGCCCGGCGUGAGCCCCAGGUCAACCAGCAGCAGCUGCAGCAGCUGAUGGACAUGGGUUUCACACGGGAACAUGCCAUGGAGGCCCUGCUGAACACCAGCACCAUGGAGCAGGCCACCGAGUACCUCCUGACCCACCCGCCGCCGCUCGUGGGUGGGGUCGUACGGGACCUGAGCAUGUCAGAGGAGGACCAGAUGAUGCGAGCCAUCGCCAUGUCGCUGGGCCAGGAUAUCCCCAUGGAGCAGCGGGCCGAGUCCCCGGAGGAGGCAGCCUGCCGGAAGGAGGAAGAGGAGCGCAAGGCGCGGGAGAAGCAGGAGGAGGAGGAGGUCAAGUGCCUGGAGAAGUUCGAGGACGCGCAGCCGCUGGACCCGGCCGAGCUGCACGGCUUCACGGACGCCAUGCUGCCCGGCUGCUCCCAGCUACUGGACGAGCUGCCGGACACCGUGUACCGCGUCUGCGACCUCAUCAUGACGGCCGUCAAGCGCAACGGCGCCCCCUACCGCGACACCAUUCUCAAGCAAGUGGUCAAGCAGGUGUGGGAAGCGGCUGAUGUGCUCAUCAAGGCGGCCCUGCCCCUCACCACCAGCGACACGAAGACGGUCUCGGAGUGGAUCAGCCAGAUGGCAACGCUGCCCCAGGCCGCCAACCUGGCCACCCGCAUCCUGCUGCUCACCCUGCUAUUCGAGGAGCUGAAGCUGCCGUGUGCCCGUGUGGUGGAGUCGAGCGGUGUCCUUAAUGUACUGAUCAAGCUGCUGGAGGUGGUGCAGCCCUGCCUCCAGGCCGCUAAGGAGCAGAAGGAGGUGCAGACCCCCAAGUGGAUCACCCCAGUGUUGCUGCUCAUUGACUUUUACGAGAAGACGGCCAUCUCGUCCAAGAGGAGAGCCCAGAUGAACAAGUACCUCCAGGCCAACGGGAACAACUGGCGCUGGUUUGACGACCGCUCGGGCCGCUGGUGUAGCUACAGUGCCAGCAACAACAGCACCAUCGACACGGCCUGGAAGGCAGGCGAGACCAGUGUGCGCUUCACCGCCGGCCGCCGGCGCUACACUGUGCAGUUCACCACCAUGGUGCAGGUGAAUGAGGAGACGGGUAACCGGCGCCCGGUGAUGCUGACACUGCUGCGGGUGCCCCGGCUUGGGAAGGGAGCCAAGGAGAGCAACGGGCAGGAGCUGGAGAAGACCCUGGAGGAGGCCAAAGAAACGGAGGGCAAAGCCAAGGAGGAGAAGGCAAAUGAGGCCCCAGUGCCCGCGGAGCCCCUGCCCCCUGAGAAGGAGGCGGCCCCUGAGGAGCCAAAGGCGGCUGAGAUCCUGAUCGAGGGGCUGCCGGAGGAGAUGGUGACGGUGCUGAUCCGGGCCUGCGUGAGCAUGCUGGGGGUGCCGGUGGACCCCGACACGCUGCACGCCACCCUGCGCCUCUGCCUUCGCCUGACGCGCCACCACAAAUACGCCCUGAUGUUCGCCGAGCUGCGCAGCACCCGCAUGAUCCUUGGCCUGACCCAGAGCUCCGGCUUCAACGGCUUCACGCCCCUGGUCACCCUGCUCUUCCGGCACAUCAUCGAGGAGCCCUGCACCCUGCGCCACACCAUGGAGAAGGUGGUGCGCUCGGCGGCCACCAGCGGUGCAGGCAGCACCACUUCCGGGGUGGUGUCAGGCAGCCUGGGCUCUCGCGAGAUCAACUACAUCCUGCGUGUGCUGGGCCCGGCCGCCUGUCGCAACCCUGAGAUCUUCACCGAGGUGGCCAACAGCUGCAUCCGCAUCGCUCUGCCUGCCCCCCGCGGCUCAGGCACCGCAUCGGACGACGAGUUUGAGAACCUGCGGAUCAAAGGCCCCAAUGCGGUGCAGCUGGUGAAGACGACACCGGUGAAGCCGUCGGCUCUGCCCAUCAUCCCCGACCCCAUCAAGGAGGUGAUCUACGACAUGCUGAACGCGCUGGCCGCCUACCAUGCCCCUGAUGAAGCUGAGAAGAGCGAGACCAAGCUGGGCACGGCCAGCCAGGAGGUGAGCCAGCUGCUGUCGGACGUGGGCGACGAUGUGUACCAGCAGUACCGCUCCCUCACCCGCCAGGGCAGCGACUUCGACUCGCAGAGCGGCUUCGCCAUCACCGCCCAGGUGUUCAGCGCGGACGGAGCAGCCGCUGAGACGCCACCAUCUGGGACCCCCCAAGGAGAAGCCUCUACCCCCGAGGAGUUGCGGGAGGGCCGGAAGGACAAGGAGGGAGACAAGGCGACAGAGGAGGGCAAGCAGAAGGCCAAGGGCAGCAAGCCGCUCAUGCCUACCUCCACCAUCCUGCGCCUGCUGGCUGAGCUGGUGCGCUCCUACGUGGGCAUCGCCACGCUCAUCGCCAACUACAGCUAUACUGUGGGCCAGUCUGAGCUCAUCAAGGAGCAGGACUGCAGUGUGUUGGCCUUUGUUCUGGACCACCUGCUGCCCCACACCCAGAACGUGGAGGACAAGGACACCCCCGCACUGGCCCGCCUCUUCCUUGCCAGCCUGGCUGCGGCAGGCAGUGGCACGGAUGCCCAGGUGGCGCUGGUGAACGAGGUGAAGGCUGCGUUGGGCCGGGCACUGGCCAUGGCAGAGAGCACGGAGAAACACGCCAGGCUGCAGGCCGUGAUGUGCAUCAUCAGCACCAUCAUGGAGUCCUGCCCCUCCACCUCCAGCUUCUACAGCAGCGCGGCCGCCAAGACCCAGCACAAUGGCAUGAACAACAUCAUCCGCCUCUUCCUCAAGAAGGGGCUGGUCAGCGACCUGGCCCGGGUCCCCCACAGCCUUGACCUCUCCAGCCCCAACAUGGCCAACACCGUGAACGCGGCACUGAAGCCCCUGGAGACGCUGUCGCGCAUUGUCAACCAGCCCAGCAGCCUCUUCGGCAGCAAGAGCACGGCCAGCAAGAGCAAGGCGGAGGGCGAGGCUCAGGGCGCUGCCCGCGACGCCAACAGCAACCAGCAGGACGUGGGGGAGCCAGGAGAGGCGGGUGCCCACGAGGAGGACCAGGACGCAGGCCAGGCGGAGGUGGCCGACGGCGACAUCAUGGACGGGGAGGCGGAGGGCGACGCGGUGGUGAUCGCUGGGCAACCCGAGGUGCUCAGCACCCAGGAGAUGCAGGUGGAGAAUGAGCUGGAGGACCUGAUAGAUGAGCUGCUGGAGCGGGAUGGCGGCCCUGGGAACAGCACCAUCAUCGUGAGCCGCAGCGGGGAGGAAGAUGCCCCAGAGGACGUGCUGAUGGACGAGGCCCCCUCCAACCUGAGCCAGGGCUCCACCCUCCAGGCCAACCGGGAAGACUCGAUGAACAUCCUGGACCCCGAAGAUGAGGAGGAGCACACGCAGGAGGAAGACAGCAGCGGCAGUAAUGAGGAUGAGGAUGACAGUCAGGAUGAGGAGGAGGAGGAAGAGGAAGAAGAUGAAGAUGAUCAGGAUGACGAGGAAGGCGAGGAGGGGGAGGAGGAGGAGGAAGACGAUGAUGGCUCGGAGAUGGAGCUGGACGAGGAUUACCCCGACAUGAACGCCUCGCCCCUCGUGCGCUUCGAGCGCUUCGACCGCGAGGACGACCUCAUCAUCGAGUUUGACAACAUGUUCUCCAGUGCCACGGAUAUCCCCCCCUCCCCAGGAAACAUCCCGGCCACCCACCCGCUCAUGGUGCGGCAUGCGGACCAUGGCUCCCUGACCCUCGGCAGCGGCUCCUCCACCACCCGCCUGGCCCAGGGCAUCGGGCGGAGCCAGCGGACACUGCGCCAGCUGACGGCCAACACUGGCCACACGAUCCACGUGCACUACCCCGGCACCCGGCAGCCCAACCCCCCCCUCAUCCUGCAGAGGUUGCUGGGUCCCUCGGCCGCAGCCGACAUCCUCCAACUGAGCAGCAGCCUCCCACUGCAGAGCCGGGGCCGCGCCCGUCUCCUGGUGGGGAACGAUGACGUCCACAUCAUUGCCCGCUCAGACGACGAGCUGCUGGACGACUUCUUCCAUGACCAGAGCACGGCCACCAGCCAAGCAGGAACCCUCUCUAGCAUUCCUACCGCCCUGACGCGCUGGACCGAGGAGUGCAAGGUGCUGGACGCAGAGAGCAUGCAUGACUGCGUCUCAGUGGUGAAGGUUCCUAUCGUUAAUCACCUGGAGGUGCUGCGGGAUGAGGAGCUGGAGGAGCGCAGGGAGAAGCGCCGUAAGCAGCUGGCCGAGGAGGAGGCCAAAGCCAUGGACAAAGCCAAGGAGGAGAAGGAUGGGAAGGAGCAGAACGCCCAGGGGGCGGUGCCCACACCUAACACCGCCACCGAGCAGUCUCUCUCAGAUGUGGCCAGCCGGACUGACGGCUUUCCUGCCACCCCGCCCACCACCGAGGGCCCCUCCGCUGGCCCCAAGCAGACGUUGGUCACUCUGGAGACCCCGCAGCCAGCAACAGCAGGUGGGGAGCUGCCCCCGGAGCUCACCGGGCAGCCCAGCACCGACGCCUCACGCCAGCUGCUGGUGCCGGCCGAGCAGGAGGACUUGGGGCCGGGAAGGUCCAGUGCCGAUGCAGAGGCCACCCAAAUGGAGCUGUCUCCCGCCCCUACCAUCACCUCACUGUCCCCAGAGAGGGCAGAGGACUCGGAUGCCCUGACAGCCGUUAGCAGCCAGCUGGAGGGCUCGCCCAUGGACACCAGCAGCCUGGCCUCCUGCAGCCUGGAGGAGGGCGUCGGGGAGGGCACUGUGCCCGGCGGGGCAGAGCCUCCUGCCCACGGUGCCCACGGGGCAGAGUCGGCUCAGCGGCACCCUGAGGGCCAGGCCGGCAGCGACAGCCUGGCCGACGCCAGCCAGCAAGGGGAGGACAGCUCACCCCCUGCUUCAUCCUCCGAGAGCUCCUCCACCAGGGACUCGGCCGUGGCCAUCUCCGGAGCCGACUCCCGGGGCAUCCUGGAGGAGCCGCUGCCCUCCACCAGCAGUGAAGAGGAGGACCCGCUAGCAGGAAUAAAUCUCCCUGAGGGUGUAGACCCCUCCUUCCUGGCAGCCCUGCCAGAUGACAUCCGCCGUGAGGUGCUGCAGAACCAGCUGGGCAUCCGGCCACCAGCCCGGCCUCCCCCCACUGCUACCACCCCCACCCCGCCCGUGGUGAGCAACCCUGGGGUGACAGAGGUCAGCCCUGAGUUCCUGGCUGCCCUACCCCCUGCUAUCCAGGAGGAGGUGCUGGCGCAGCAGCGGGUGGAGCAGCAGCGGCGGGAGCUGGCGCAGGGCAUCAGCUCAGACACGCCCAUGGACCCGGUGACCUUUAUCCAGACGCUGCCCUCGGACCUGCGGCGCUCGGUGCUGGAGGACAUGGAGGACAGUGUCCUGGCCGUCAUGCCCCCCGACAUCGCCGCCGAAGCCCAGGCCCUGCGCCGCGAGCAAGAGGCCCGGCAGCGCCAGCUCAUGCACGAGCGGCUCUUCGGGCACUCCAGCACCUCGGCCCUGUCGGCCAUCCUCCGCAGCCCAGCUUUCACCAGCCGGUUGAGUGGGAACCGUGGGGUCCAGUACACGCGCCUGGCUGUGCAGAGGGGGGGCACCUUCCACAUGGGUGGCAGCAGCAGCCACAGCAGGCCGUCGGGUAGCAUGGUGGACAGCCUCCUGCGGCUGCGGGGCCGGCUGCUGCUGGACCACGAGGCCCUCUCCUGCCUGCUGGUGCUGCUCUUCGUGGACGAGCCCAAGCUGAACACCAGCCGGCUGCACCGGGUGCUGCGCAAUCUCUGCUACCACGGCCAGACACGGGGCUGGGUGAUCCGCAGCCUGCUGUCCAUCCUGCAGCGCAGCAGCGAGAGCGAGCCCGGCCUGGAGACGCCCAAGGGGCCGCCGGACGAGCGGGGCAAGCGGGCCGCCAAGGCCGGCGCCCCCGAGGGCCGCCCCCUGGAGCUGCUGCACAAGAUGGAGGCCCGCAGCUCGGGCCAGCUCUCCUGGCUCUCCGUCUCCAUGGACGCCGCCCUGGGCUGCCGCACCAACAUCUUCCAGAUCCAGCGGGCCGGCGGGCGCAAACACACGGAGAAGCAUGCCGCUGGCACCGCCGCCGGCGCUGCCGUCCACAUCCACCCGCAGGCUGCCCCCGUGGUGUGCCGCCACGUGCUGGACACCCUCAUCCAGCUGGCCAAGGUGUUCCCCAGCCACUUCACACAGCAGCGGCCCAAGGAGGCGCCCUGCGAGGGGGAGCGGGGCGCCAGGCAGUCGGGCAGCCCGGGCCAGGCCAGCGGCAUUUCCACCGACUUCUGGGACUUGCUGGUCAAACUGGACAACAUGAACGUGAGCCGCAAGGGCAAGAACUCGGUCAAGUCGGUGCCGGUGAGCGCGGGCGCCGAGGGCGAGAGCUCCCCCUACAGCCUGGAGGCCUCGCCGCUGGGCCAGCUCAUGAACAUGCUCUCGCACCCUGUCAUCCGGCGCAGCUCACUGCUGACCGAGAAGCUGCUUCGCCUGCUCUCACUCAUCUCCAUCGCCCUGCCCGAAAACAAGGCGCCCGAGGGGCCAGGCGCCGCCCCCGCCCCGACUGCACCCUCCACCGGGGCUGCCGCCGCCGCCCCUCCCACCCCUGCCCCCACCGUGCCAGCUCCUGCCAAGGCCAGCAAGUCUCCGGCCAAGGCGGGCGAAGCGGGUGGCGGCGGGACAGAUGCCAAGAUGGUGGCAUCAGGCCUGACGGAAAACCAGCUGCAGCUCUCGGUAGAGGUGCUGACGUCUCACUCCUGCUCAGAGGAGGGGCUGGAGGAUGCAGCCAAUGUCCUACUCCAGCUGUCGCGGGGCGACUCGCCCACCCGGGACACGGUGCUGCGGCUCCUGCUCAGUGGUGCCCGGCAGCUGGGCUACACCCUCUGCAAGCAGAUCGGCACCCUGCUGGCAGAGCUGCGUGAGUACAACCUGGAGCAGCAGCGGCGGGUGCAGUGCGAGCUGCUCUCCCCUGACGGGCUCCCCGAUGAGCAGCCCCAGACCACCAAGCUGAAGGGCAAGAUGCAGAGCCGGUUCGACAUGGCAGAGAACGUGGUGAUUGUGGCCUCCCAGAAGCGGCCGCUGGGCGGGCGGGAGCUGCAGCUGCCCUCCAUGUCCAUGCUGACCUCCAAGACCUCCACCCAGAAGUUCUUCCUGCGCGUGCUGCAGGUCAUCAUCCAGCUGCGGGACGACACGCGCCGUGCCAACAAGAAGGCCAAGCAGACGGGCCGGCUAGGUAGCUCCGGUCUGGGCUCAGCUAACAGCAUCCAGGCCGCUGUCCGGCAGCUGGAGGCUGAGGCUGACGCCAUUAUACAAAUGGUACGUGAGGGGCAGCGGGCGCGGCGGCAGCAGCAAGCAGCAACGUCUGAGUCGAGCCAGUCGGAAGGGGCUGUUCGGAGGGACGAGUCACCUAUGGACGUUGAUCAGCCCUCGCCGGUCACACAAGAUGCCCAGUUGGUUGGUUCGGAAGGAUCCCAGCCCGGGGAGAAGGACGAGCGCCCCCCCGAUCUGCCCCUCCUUAGCGAGCAGCUGAACCUGGACGAGCUCUGGGCCAUGCUGGGCGAGUGCUUGAAGGAGCUGGAGGAGUCCCACGACCAGCACGCUGUGUUAGUGCUGCAGCCGGCAGUGGAAGCCUUCUUCCUGGUGCACGCCACGGAGCGGGAGAGCAAGCCCCCAGUGCGGGACACCCGUGAGAGCCAGUUGGCCCACAUCAAGGAUGAGCCCCCGCCCCUGUCGCCCGCCCCCCUCACGCCUGCCACCCCCUCCUCGCUGGAUCCCUUCUUCUCCCGUGAGCCCUCCUCCAUGCACAUCUCGUCCAGCCUGCCCCCUGACACCCAGAAGUUCCUGCGCUUCGCAGAGACCCACCGCACGGUGCUGAAUCAGAUCCUGCGCCAGUCCACCACCCAUCUGGCCGACGGGCCCUUCGCUGUCCUGGUCGACUACAUCCGUGUGUUGGACUUCGAUGUCAAGCGCAAGUACUUCCGCCAGGAGCUGGAGCGGCUGGACGAGGGGCUGCGCAAGGAGGACAUGGCCGUCCAUGUGCGCCGUGACCACGUCUUUGAGGACUCGUACCGUGAGCUGCACCGCAAGUCGCCCGAGGAGAUGAAGAACCGACUGUACAUCGUGUUCGAGGGCGAGGAGGGGCAGGAUGCGGGCGGGCUGCUCCGGGAGUGGUACAUGAUCAUCUCGCGGGAGAUGUUCAACCCCAUGUACGCCCUGUUCCGCACCUCGCCCGGCGACCGCGUCACCUACACCAUCAACCCCUCGUCCCACUGCAACCCCAACCACCUGAGCUACUUCAAGUUUGUGGGGCGCAUCGUGGCCAAGGCCGUGUACGACAACCGCCUGCUGGAGUGUUACUUCACCCGCUCCUUCUACAAGCACAUCCUGGGCAAGUCCGUCAGGUACACGGAUAUGGAGAGCGAGGAUUACCACUUCUACCAGGGCCUGGUUUACCUGCUGGAGAAUGAUGUGUCCACACUAGGCUACGACCUGACCUUCAGCACCGAGGUGCAGGAGUUCGGGGUAUGUGAGGUGCGGGACCUCAAGCCCAACGGGGCCAAUAUCCUGGUGACGGAGGAGAACAAGAAGGAAUACGUGCACCUGGUCUGCCAGAUGAGGAUGACGGGAGCCAUCCGCAAGCAGCUGGCUGCCUUCCUGGAGGGUUUCUACGAGAUCAUCCCCAAGCGCCUCAUCUCCAUCUUCACGGAGCAGGAGCUGGAGCUUCUCAUCUCGGGGCUGCCCACCAUCGACAUUGAUGACCUCAAAUCGAACACAGAGUACCACAAGUACCAGUCCAAUUCCAUCCAGAUCCAGUGGUUCUGGCGAGCCCUGCGCUCCUUUGACCAGGCAGACCGAGCCAAGUUCCUGCAGUUCGUGACGGGCACCUCCAAGGUUCCCCUGCAGGGCUUCGCCGCCCUGGAGGGUAUGAACGGCAUCCAGAAAUUCCAGAUCCACCGAGACGACCGCUCCACCGACAGAUUGCCUUCCGCUCACACAUGUUUCAAUCAGCUGGACCUUCCCGCCUACGAGAGCUACGAGAAGCUACGUCACAUGCUGCUACUGGCCAUCCAGGAGUGCUCGGAAGGCUUCGGCCUGGCGUGAGCCGGGCAUCCCGCCUCCACGGCUCUUUUUGUACUGAGGCAGACUUGGGGGAAAGGGAGGGGUGUAGGGGGAGGGGCCAAGCCAUGGGGGCGGGGCUUAGCAGAUCUCCACCCCCUCCCUUUGAGGUGGUGCCCCCCACCAC